AUGGAAUCUGGGACCGUGUUCUACGGAGGGGAAGCUCUCGCCAUCGAUCCCAAGUGGCUUAUCGAUCCGAAGCUUCUCUUUGUUGGGCCACGCAUCGGCGAGGGCGCACAUGCAAAGGUCUACGAGGGGAAGUGUAAGAACCAAAAUGUUGCUAUCAAGAUUGUGCACAAAGGGGACACCCCUGAGGAGAUGACCAAGAGGGAGGGGAGAUUCUUCAGAGAGGUCACCAUGCUGUCAAGGGUGCAGCACACGAACCUCGUCAAGUAUUUGGUCAGUCUCCGACCUAGGAGCCUUGAGCCUCGUGUAGCAGUGGGGUUUGGAUUGGACAUUGCCCGAGCUAUGGAAUGCUUGCAUGCACAUGGGAUCAUCCAUCGUGAUCUUAAGCCUGCGAAUUUGUUGCUGACUGCAGCCCAGAGUACAGUAAAACUUGUUGACCUUGGUUUGGCUAGAGAAGAGACAUUAACAGAGAUGAUGACUGCUAAGACAGGAACAUAUCGUUGGAUGGCUCCAGAGUUGUACAGCACAGUAACAUUGAGGCAUGGAGAAAAGAAGCAUUACAACCACAAAGUAGAUGUCUACAGCUUUGCAAUUGUGUUGUGGGAACUCCUCCACAAUAAACUGCCCUUCGAGGGAAUGUCUAAUCUUCAAGCUGCGUACGCUGCUGCUUUCAAGAAUAUCAGACCAAGUGCUGAUAACUUGCCUGAGUUGUCAGAAAUCCUAACAUCCUGCUGGAAGGAAGACCCAAACGACAGACCAAACUUCACACAGAUAGUGCAAAUGCUCCUACAUUACCUAUCCACCCUUCCGCCACAAGAAACCUUGGCCCCUCGCCGCACAUUCAGUUCGGAGAACACAAUCCUUCCUCCAGAAUCUCCAGGGACGAGCUCAAUAAUGGCUUCUCGGGGUGACCUCGGCAACACGCCAAAGGACAAGAAGGAAGACAAGCCAAGGGACUUCUUUUUCUGCUUCAGUGAGUGCUAUUAG